AUGUUGUCGAAAUUUGAGGAGAAGCCCAGGCCGGCAAUGGGCGCAUCAUGGAUGUGGAAGAGGAGGGUUCUGCGCUUCUCUGUCGCGCUGCUCAUCGUUGCUGGUUUUACUUAUCAACUGUGGCCGCGCGCCGUGUAUAUGCCCGAAGAACCCCCGAAAAUUAUACAGAAUAUCACCAUCACCUCGGGCGUCAAGUGCGAACCCGACUUUGACGUGCUCCGCCGCCUGGAUGUUCAAAAACUUUCUCAGUAUGAACGGCGUGACAUGUUCGUCGCCCGUUCCUCGGAGCCGGAGCUCCCCAUCCGACAACGGCUCAACAUCCCCUUCCUUCAGCAACCAUCGUCGGGCGAUGAGGCUCGUAGGAUGGGUCUGCCGUCGCAGGACGAUUGUUACAUUGAACCCCCAGUUACGGUGGAGGUGCCUCCAUCACCUGCGAGUGUGGAUGCUUCGCAUAUCGACUUUGGCGUUGCUACGACUUUAGAACGGCUGAACGACUCGUUAGACGCCUUCACCCACUGGGCUGGUUACACACGCACGCGUAUUUUCGCCUUGGUCGAACCGGAUGAACGAGUGGAGGAAGUCCAAGCCAAGGCGGAUAGCCUGGGGAUCAACCUGUUUGUGACACAGUCGGAGGAGGAGUAUCAAACUCGAUAUUUCUCAUUGGUGGCCCAUCUGGCGAAGAACAUGCGCCCGCGGACACGCUGGGCCUGCGUGAUUGACGAUGACACUUUUUUCCUGUCCAUGGCCGCCUUGGUGGAUGCGCUGGCCGAAUACGACGACACGAAACCCAUGUAUAUUGGAGGUCUGUCGGAGAGUGUUUCGCAGAUUGGCAUCUUUGGCCUGAUGGGAUUCGGCGGCGCGGGCGUCUUUCUGUCUCGUCCCCUGGUGCAGCAAUUGAGCAACCGCGACGUCUUCGAAGCCUGUCAAGCUAUGCCUCACACCGGGGACCGGAGGAUCUCGCUCUGCAUAUACCAGCACACGGAGACGAAGCUGACGGUGGAUAAUCGACUGCGGCAGCUCGACAUGCGAGGCGACGCGUCGGGGUUCUUCGAGUCCGGACGCGAACCACCGCUAUCCGUGCACCACUGGAAAUCAUGGUUCCAGGCCGACAUGGCUAAACUCAGUGUCAUCACGAAUCUCUGCGGGGAUAAGUGCUUCCUGCGCCAGUGGCAGUUCUCAGACGGCUGGACCCUCACCAAUGGCUUCUCCAUCGCCAAAUACAGUACCGAGAUCGACUUAGACGAUAAGACCAUGGAGGUCUCAUGGGUCGGCGACAACGGAGCCGUCGACGAGUCGUUCAUGCACGCGCUCGGUCCUCUCAGGCCCAAGGACACGGGCAAAUUCAGCUAUCUUCUCGAGGACUCGGUGUUCCUUGGCAACCAAGUGCGCCAAUGGUACGUCCACCGCGACGCGGAGAAGGGCGAUCAGAUCAUCGAAUUGAUCUGGAAGAUGGCGUAG